UGGGCCGGGAGUUCAGGGCGCCCCUCCUCCCGAGGCGAUCCGGACCCUCUGCCCCGAAACCCAGCCGGGCCCAGGCAUUGUUCUCCCGCCCCGGCCCGGGCGGGGAGUUCUGCCGGCCCUUCCCAUCGAGGGGACCCGGUUAUUGUUCCUCACUCUCCAGGCUGGGAGCCCAGCGUCGGAAGCCACUUCCCGGGGAGGUGAUCCAGGAACCCAGGAGGGACCUGGGCGUUGUCCCCCCACCUUCCCACCUGGGGCUCUGAGUAGAGGGGGGUGAUCCAGGAACUCUGCACCCCACUUGUUUACCCACCCCUAGCUAUGGGUUAUGGCCAGGAUGUCUCCCUCCCCAGGAGAGGUUCCCCCAAUACCCAGCCAUGGGUGGGUAUCGUAAGGCAUCACCUCCCACCAGGUCACCCCGAGCUCCCCCUGCUCCCAGCAGGGUCCCUGCUGUUGUUUCUCCACCCCUUUCCCUAUGGAUCUUUCCUCCCCGAAGGGACAAAAGUGUCCUGACACACUUCCCCACACCCCAGCCAUACCGCCGGGCACUCAGGAGCCUCUUCCUCCUGGGAGUUGGCUCAGGGGUCCCCCAGUCACCCAGAGGGGCCACGGGUAUUGUUUCUGCCCAGCCCCCAGCUAGGGGUUAGAAUUCAGAAUCUUCUAUCCAGUCGGGCAACAGGUGCCCCGACUUUGGGCUCUAUGGUCUCCCCCAUCCCACGGGCCCACAGGGUGUUCCCCACCUGCCAGCUUUAGGAGCCGGCGUUCGGGAACACAGAACACAGGUGCUCCGGAACUGUGAGGCUUGGCAUUCGGUGGUCUCUUCCCCGGGAAGUGAGCGCGGUCCCCUGCACUCCCCCAAGGCCCCCAGAGCACUACCAGAUGUUUGCACCCCCCCCCUUCAUCCCCCAGAUACAGGCUUCUAAGUUCAGGAUGCUUUAUCUCUAGUACUUGAGCCAGAGGUCCCCCACUCCACCAGAAACUCCCAAAUGUGCCCCCUCUGACUGUGGGACAAGAAUUCAGGCCGUGUACUUAGAAGCAAGCACAGGAUCCCGGACACCCACCCUCUUCCCCACGAGGGAUCCUGCCCUGGAAGCAGCUGGCACCUCCACAGCUGGGAUGCGGCGCUCGGUGCUGGUCAGGAACCCAGGCCACAAAGGCCCGAGGCCUGCUUACGAAGAGCUUGGCUCAGACUCAGAAGACCUGGACCCCGGGCCCGAAGACCCAGAGCCCGACCUGGAGGACCUCAACUCUGUCUCUGAAGACGUGGACCCCGGCUAUGAAGAGCUAGAGCCUGUCUCUGAUGAUCUGGACCCUGACGCGGGAACUCCAGGCUCCAUCUUGGGGACCGGUGCCAUGGAUGCCCAAGAUCUCGACCCCAUGUCUUCAAGUUUUGAUCUCGAUCCAGACGUCAUUGGCCCUGUGCCCCUGGUCCUUGACCCUAACAGCGACACCCUCAGUCCCCCAGAAGCCCCAGACCUGGACCCCCUCUCCUCCAGCCUUACUGCCACCCCGGAAGGCCUGGCCACCAGCCCGGCGGUGACCCCGGCCCCCGCCAGCCCGCCCCGGCCCUUCUCCUGCCCCGAUUGUGGGCGAGCCUUCCGGCGCAGUUCGGGGCUGAGCCAGCACCGCCGCACCCACAGCGGCGAGAAGCCCUACCGCUGCCCCGACUGCGGCAAAUCGUUCAGCCACGGCGCCACGCUGGCCCAGCACCGGGGCAUCCACACGGGCGCACGGCCCUACCAGUGCGCAGCGUGCGGCAAGGCCUUCAGGCAGAGCUCGGCGCUGCUGCAGCACCAGCGCACGCACACGGCCGAGCGCCCCUACCGCUGUCCCCACUGCGGCAAGGCGUUUGGCCAGAGCUCCAACCUGCAGCAUCACCUGCGCAUCCACACUGGCGAGCGGCCUUACGCCUGUCCCCACUGCUCCAAGGCCUUCGGGCAGAGCUCCGCGCUGCUGCAGCACUUGCACGUGCAUUCCGGAGAGCGCCCCUACCGCUGCCAGCUCUGCGGCAAGGCCUUCGGCCAAGCUUCCAGCCUCACCAAGCACAAGAGGGUGCACCAGGGCCCAGCCGCGGCAGCCGCGGCAGCCACAGCUGCUGCGACUGGCCUGGGCCUUAGUCCUGCUUCGACGUUGCGGCCUGGGCAGGUCUCCCUCCCGGGUCCUGAGGCUGCCCCUGUGCUCGGUUCUGGCCUGGGCACGGACCCAUGCUCUGUGCUGGGCUCCCUCCCCAAGCCCAGCCCCAAACCUGGCCCUGGCUCUGAAUCUACCCUCACCCCUGAUCCUGUCGAGUCCUCUGAUGCUAAGCCUGGUCAUGAUGCCAAUCCUGACCUUGUGGCCAGCCCUGGCCACGGAUCUGGUCACAGCUCGGACCCAGAUCCUGUGCCCAGCCCCAACCCCAACCCUGAGUCCCGCCCUGACCCCAGCCCUCCCACCCACGACAGCUCAGCCCUCCCUACCUGUGAGAAUCCCGAAAGGGUGCAGGAGCGAGGGGCACUGCUGGGGCCUGACGGCUGAAAGGGGUGCCAUCACCCAUGGAGGCCUGGAGAAGUUGUGUGUUGUGCAGUUAGUAAAAUCUUCCCACUGCCUGCUC